UCCAAUGUUAAGGAGCCUGUUGAACCCAAAGCUACUUCUGAUGGAAACCUUAGUGUUUCAUUUGUUCCCAGGUCUCCUGGUGAACAUUUAAUAACGGUCAAGAAACGUAACCGACCUGUACCAGGUAGUCCGUUCUCCACCAUGGUAACAGCACCUGAACCCCCUUGUGAAAUUGGCAAACCAUCUAAUGCUCCAUUAGAAAAUAUUCCAUCCAAAGAUCUUCCAAAACUGGACGCUGGUCUAUUGCGACCUGACUCCACGAAGGAGGAACCAGUUCCGGUUAAAAAAACCUCAGAUGAUAAUCUUUAUGUUCCAUUCAUUCCUCGCAAAGCUGGACCUCAUAGAAUCAAUGUGAGAAAGGACGGAAGGCCUGUUCCAGAUAGUCCGUACAUUGUGGAUGUACCUGAAAAGGUUUCGAAAAAGCCUCCAGUCAAAGAGCUUCAUCCUGUCGGUAAAGCAUGUGGUUUUGGUUUCGAUAUACCUGGAGUAAAAAUUCCUGGUGAUUUCAAGAAACUAAGUGCGACAUUGCAGCGUCCAAGCAGCAAGAAAAAAGAACCAUUAAAUCUGGAGCUUAAUCCCGAUAACAUCUUGGGAAUAUCAUUCUUUCGAACGGAGCCUGGAAAGCAUCUUGUUCACGUGAAAAAAUCGGGAGAAGAAGUUCCCGGCAGUCCUUUCGAAGUAAUGGUAGAAGAUGCUGAAGCAGUGAACGCUGUCGGUAGACCGUGUGACUGCCAUUUGGAUAUACCUGGCUUGAAUUUGCCCGCAGAUCUUAGUAAACUAAAAUCAACCUUGAAACGGCCUGACUCUGAUACAAAAGAGCCAAUCAAAUUAAAGGUACUCUCCGACAACACUCUUAGUGCGUCGUUUGUGCCCAGAUCCCCAGGAGAGCAUUUGAUAAGCGUGAAGAAGUUCAACCGACACUUGAGCGGAAGUCCAUUUAGUGUUAUGGUAAGUGCCCCGGAUGCUGCUAGCCAGUCUGUCGGUCGACCGUGUGGAGUUGGUCUAGAGAUACCUGGUUUAAAACUUCUUGAAGACUUCGCCCUUCUGACAGGUGUUUUGAAACGCCCCGGAAGCACUGUGGAAGAGCCGUUGAAGCUCAUUCUCAACUCAGAUAACACGCUCAGUGUAUCGUUUAUACCAAAAGAAACGGGGGAGCAUUUUGUAAGCGUGUUUAAGAACAAACGUCACGUGAGUGGGAGCCCAUUUUCAGUGAUGGUCAGCGGUCCUGGGCCCGACAAUGCAUCUAAAGUAAAGGCCUACGGUCCAGGUUUGAAAUCAGGAGUGGUUGACGAGAAAUCGGAAUUCACCGUGAAUACUCGUGAUGCCGGAUACGGAGGAUUGGGAUUGUCCAUCGAAGGACCUUCAAAGGCAAAUAUCAAUUGCGUGGAUAAUGGGGAUGGCACGUGUGCUGUGGACUUUGUUCCUACAGAGCCUGGUGAUUACACCAAUCACGUACGUUUUGCCGAUGAAGAAAUUCCUGGAAGCCCAUUUUCGUGCAAGUUAGUGCCAAAGGGCAGCAAGCGUCCUGUUGUUGACGAAGGGAUUACGAGGGAGAUGGUUGAUAGUGUGGAGAGUGCACCUGCGCAGAGAACCCCUCAGCUUCUUGACGAUCUAAUUUCUUUCAGUACUCAAGAACCGCACGACUUUGAUCUGUACCUUGUUGGUUACGAUCUGAAAAACUUGAAAGCAACUGUUGAAACACCAAGUGGGAAAACUGAACCGGCCGAAAUUGUCGAAACUGAAAACGAUACUUACACCAUUCGCUUUGUAAGAAAAGAAGGUGGAAUAUACAAGAUCUAUGUGAAGAAUCGCGGUCGAGAUAUACCUGGAAGUCCUUUCCGAGUAAAAGUAGAAGCACCGAAAUGGGGUGGCGCAGGUAAGUGUUCAGCUGCGGGGCCUGGUCUUGAAAGUGGCGUUGUGAACCAACCGGCAAACUUCACCGUCUGGACACGUGACGCUGGCCCAGGAGGCCUGGCGGUUGCAAUCGAAGGUCCAGCCAAAACGGAAAUUAAUUGUAAAGAUAAUGGAGACGGCUCGUGCAGCAUCACUUACGUUCCAACUGAACCUGGCGAGUAUGACGUGCAUGUCCGAUUUGCUGACGAAAAUAUCCCGGGUGCACCGUUCAAUGUAUUUGUAACAACGGAAGAAGACGAGCGUUUCCGAGAUUUGAGUGUUUCCGACAUGUUGGAGAGUGGCAUUACAGUUGGUCAACCUGCUUCUUUCUCUCUUCAAACAAACGGCCCAGUUGGUAAAGUCACCGCUUCUGUUAUUACACCUUCCGGUUCCGAGUCCCCAGCGACCGUUUCAGAUCGUGGUAAUAGUAGCUACGCGAUAAGAUUUGUCCCCAAGGAGGUCGGCAUUCAUUUGAUCAAUGUUCGUUUCGAUGGUGUGCGUAUUCCGGGUUCUCCGUUCAAGGUCAAAGUUGGUGGGGGUGAAAGUUACCCCAGUAAGGCAAAGGCAUACGGUCCCGGAUUGGAAGGUGGUGUUGCCGGCGAAGAAACCUACUUCACUGUUGAUGCUUUACGAGCGGGCACCGGAGCAUUGUCGCUGUCGGUUAAUGGACCUGCAAAGGUACGAAUGAAUUGUACGGAAUACCCCGAUGGAACGUACAAAGUAACGUAUCAUCCAGUUAUUGCCGGCGAGUAUAAAAUUGUCAUCAAGUUCGCCGAUCAAAACAUCCCGAAGAGUCCUUACAAUGUUACAAUAUCAAGCGACGGUUCCUCUGCAUUUGCCGAAAAGUGUAAGCCGGUCGGAUCCGGAUUGCAUCGUGCCGUUAUUGGUGAGCCAAAUGCGUUCACUGUCAACUGUAGUGAUGCAGGUCGAGGGUCUUUGAUGGUCGGCGUAGAGGGACCAGCUAUUCCUGCUAAAGAAAUCAAUGUUAAGCACACUGGUGGAAAAGUUUAUGCCGUUAACUAUACCUUAGAGGAACCCGGAGAAUAUGUUUUGAAAGUGUUGUGGGGUGAAAAGCACAUCCCUGGCUCGCCAUUCCAUGUAACUGUAUAACAAAGCGAAUGACGCGGUUGAGUAAUUGUCUUUGGAUCAUGUCUUACAUGAAGUGAAUAUGUAGUUUUUCAUAUAAUUUUGCCAAAUGUCAAAUUUUGCAAUGUCGACUGAAUUAUUUCUAAUUCUACUCAAUCAUAAAUACCAUUUCAAUACUAAAUGAAUUUUGGAGUGACGAUUGGAGUUUAGGGACUAUUAUAGUUUUGUAUUUUCUCUGUUGGCUAAGAGUUUUGGCUUUUUGAUAUAGGAUGAUUUUUUGUAAUAAUUAAUACGUGCGCAGGUCUUUAAUAGAUUAGCUAGUCCUUUGUUUUCUAUAAAAUUUGUAUUGAAAGUGUUUUUUGAAUAGCGAAAGUAUUAAAAGUAAAGUUUGUUUAA